AGAAUUUUUUUCUUUUUUUUAAUUUAUUUAAGAAUAAUUAAUUAUGAUAUAUAUAUAUUAAUAGUAUUUUUAGUAUUUUCAGUUUGUGAAGGUGCUUUAGGGUUAUCUAUUUUAGUUUCUAUAAUUCGAACUCAUGGGAAUGAUUAUUUUCAGAGAUUUAAUUUAUUAUAAAAAAAAAUGAUAAAAUUUCUUUUAAUAAUAAUUUUUAUAAUUCCUUUAUGUUUUAUAAAAAAUAUAUUUUGAAUGGUUCAAAUAAUAUUAUUUUUUAUAAUAUUUUUAUAUAUAAAUUUAAGAGUAAGAUUAAAUUUAUAUUGUAAUUUAAGAUACAUACUAAGAUGUGACAUUUUAUCUUAUGGACUUAUUAUAUUAAGAAUUUGAAUUUCUAUUUUAAUGAUUAUAGCUAGAGAAAAUUUAUAUAAAACUGAUUUUUAUGUAAAUUUUUUUUUAUUUAAUGUAGUUUUUUUAUUAAUUAUAUUAUAUUUAACAUUUAGAGUAAUAAAUAUAUUUAUAUUUUAUUUAUUUUUUGAGGGAAGAUUAAUUCCUACUUUAUUAUUAAUUAUCGGAUGAGGUUAUCAACCAGAACGUAUUCAAGCAGGGAUAUAUUUAUUAUUUUAUACAUUAUUUGUUUCUUUACCUUUAUUAAUAGGAAUUUUUUAUAUAUAUAAUGAAAUACAAAGAAUAUUAAUUUAUUUUUUAAAAUUUUUUAAUAUAAAUUUAUAUAUAUUAUAUUUUUCAAUAAUUAUGGCUUUCUUAGUUAAAAUACCAAUAUAUUUUGUUCAUUUAUGAUUGCCCAAAGCUCAUGUAGAAGCUCCAGUUUCUGGCUCAAUAAUUUUAGCUGGAAUUAUAUUAAAAUUAGGAGGUUAUGGUUUAAUACGUUUAAUAGUAUUUUUACAACAAAUUAACUUAAAAAUAAAUUAUAUUUGAAUUGCUAUUAGAUUAAUAGGAGGAUUUUAUAUUAGAUUAAAAUGUUUUUGUCAAGUAGAUAUUAAAUCUUUAAUUGCUUAUUCUUCAGUUGCUCAUAUAAGAAUUGUUAUUAGAGGAAUUAUGGUAAUAAAUUAUUGAGGAUUUAUUGGUUCUUACAUUCUUAUAAUUGGUCAUGGUUUAUGUUCUUCAGGAAUAUUUUGUUUAGCUAAUAUUAGAUAUGAACGUUUACAUAGUCGUAGAUUAUAUAUUAAUAAGGGUAUAAUAAAUUUUAUACCUUCAAUAAGAUUAUGGUGAUUUUUAUUAAUGUCUUCAAAUAUGGCAGCUCCACCUAGAUUAAAUUUAAUAGGAGAGAUUAGAUUAAUUAAUAGAUUAAUGAGAUGAUCUUGAAUUUCUAUAAUUAUAUUAAUAUUAAUUUCUUUUUUUAGAGCUGGGUAUAGAUUAUAUUUAUAUUCUUUUGUUCAACAUGGUAAAUAUUAUUCUGGAAUUUAUAGAUAUUAUAUAGGAGUUUCUCGAGAAUAUUUAAUAUUAAUAUUACAUUGAUUUCCUUUAAAUAUUAUAAUUAUAAAAAUUGAUUAUAGAAUAAUUUGA